AUGAAAUCCAUCUUUCUACUCUGCGUCAUCAUUUCCCUGAUUCCAACAAAUCGAGCUUGGUGGCCCUCAUUUCCUUCAAUUAUUGGAGAAUGGUGCUAUGAUUGGUGGAUUCCAGCAAACGUCACCCAGUUCCACUCAAACUUUCGACAAGAAGUUUUUGGGCAGCCCUUGGUAGAAAACAUUGUUGCAAAAGCCGUUUUCUCUCAUCUGAGAGAGGCUCAACCCAAAAAGGCGCUAGUCCUGAGUUUCCACGGCUGGCCUGGAGUCGGGAAGAACUUUGUUGCAUCCCUGUUGGUGAACAGUGUUUUUUCCGAGGGAACCAAAAGCAACUUUUACAAGUACUACAACGCCAGAAUUAACUUUCCGGUUGCAAGCAAAGUGCCUCAGUAUCAGGAGCAGUUGAGAGCAGACGUCAAAUCAGUGAUUUCAAAAUGCAAUCGAUCCAUAUUUGUGUUCGACGAGAUCGAUAUGAUGCCCCCAAAGCUGAUUGACGCCAUCCACCCGUACAUUGACUACCAUGAUAAUGUGAACGGCGUCGACCCUCGACACGCCAUAUUUAUUUUCCUGUCCAACAAAGGAGGCCGAGUCAUUGCAGAAACAACCUACGAGCUGUGGAAGGCAAACACGCCAAGAGAGAAAUUCAAUUAUCUCAGUUUUAAAGAGUCCGUGCAGAGGGCUGCAUUCAACGAGGUCGGUGGCCUGCAACACAGCGACAACAUCAACAGUUUCCUGGUCAGCUUCUUUGUGCCCUUCCUGCCCCUGCAGAAACAGGAAGUUGUCGAGUGCAUUAAGGCUGAGCUCAAGAGACGACUGUUCUUCGGCAACGACGAAAACAUCAUUAAGGAAGUGCUUGAACAUAUCGUGUUCACCAAGCCAGACUCUCCUAGUGCUGGCCUCUUUGCAGUCAGUGGCUGCAAAAACAUUGACUCUCUGGUGGGCACUGCCAUAGUUUCCCAAAGAUUUUACAGAGACGAGCUCUAG